UAGUAAUAAAGGGAAAAAAAUUAAAAUAAUAAAUAAAAAAUACGGAACAGUUUGAAGAGAGUGUUUUAAGGUGUCGUGUUCCCAGUAGGAUUGGUGUUGGGAAUGAUGGAACUGAGGGGUUUGGGAGAGAAGAAGGAGCCAUUGAUUGUCGGAUUUCAACCGGGUUUUUUUGCUGCUUUUGCUUUUUGCUGUUUUUGGACCUCAAGUUUUAGCGGGAAACUUGUUCUAACGACCCUUUAAGCAAAAGACUUUAGCUCUCAAAUGCCUUGAAUAUCAAUAUAACUUAUCCAAAAGCUGCCUUCAUUAUCAGUUCAAGAAGCAUGAACUCUCCAUCCACCCCCUUUAUACCUUCAAGAAGGAUGGAUAUCUAUGAGCCUAUCCACCAGAUUAGCAUGUGGGGAGAAAAUUUUAAGAGUAAUGGCAAUCCAACUACAUCUGCAUCAGUGAUUGUAGAAGUGGAUAAUAAGCUAGAGAACGAGUCUGAGACUGGUUCACAUGAAAUGCUAGCACCUUCUAACAAGUAUGACCAAGAGGCAACUAAACCUAUUGAUAAGAUACAAAGACGUCUCGCACAAAACCGUGAGGCUGCUCGUAAAAGCCGUUUGCGGAAAAAGGCAUAUGUUCAACAGUUAGAAAAUAGUCGUUUAAAGUUGAUUCAAUUGGAGCAAGAGCUUGAACGAGUGAGGCAGCAGGGUCCUUAUAUGGGUGGUGGGUUAGAAAGUGGUCAUCUUGGAUUCUCUGGAGCAGUAAACUCAGGGAUUGCCACAUUUGAGAUGGAAUAUGGACAUUGGAUGGAAGAACAAAGUAGACAAAUAUGUGAACUGAGGACUGCUUUGAAUGCCCAUAUAAGUGAUAUAGAGCUUCGCAUGCUAGUUGAAAAUGGCAUGAGCCAUUAUUUUGAACUUUUCCGCAUGAAAUCAACUGCUGCAAAGGCUGAUGUUUUCUAUGUGAUGUCUGGUAUGUGGAAAACAUCAGCAGAGCAAUUUUUUUCUUGGAUUGGAGGCUUUCGCCCUUCAGAACUUCUUAAGGUGCUGGUGCCUCAGCUUGACCCCUUGACAGAACAGCAAAUUUUGGAAGUUUGUAACCUGAAACAAUCGUGUCAGCAAGCUGAAGAUGCCCUUUCGCAAGGUAUGGAGAAACUUCAGGAAACUGUGGCUGCGACUGUGGCGGCUGGUCAGCUGGGUGAAGGUAAUUACAUUCCUCAGGUGGCUACUGCAAUGGAGAAGUUAGAAGCUUUAGUCAGCUUUGUGAACCAGGCUGACCACCUUCAGCAGGAAACACUGCGGCAGAUGUCUCGCAUCCUAACAACUCGCCAGGCUGCUCGAGGCUUACUUGCUUUGGGAGAAUACUUCCAGCGUCUUCGGGCUUUGAGUACACUAUGGGCUACCCGUCCUCAUGAGCCUGCCUAGCCUUUACGGUAGAAGAUCCUACGUGCGUGAUGGUAGACGAUCACUGCAUCUUUAUUCCUGCAUACAGAGGUGCCUUUUGGUAAAUGCCAUUACAAACAUAAUUAGCAUCAAUUUAUGCUGCCGACAUUUUUUGAAGCAGCUUUCCAGCAAACUGAGAUCUGAGAUGUUGUGCAUAUGAGUAGUUAUUUCUACCUAGGGGAAAGUGGUGAUUAAAUCAAUUUUCAAUGCUGUGUUGUACAUUAUAAAUACUCUUGAAAGGAUAUAUAUAGGUUCUAAAUUUAAGUUAUAUUCCCAGUUGAAACUUUCAUGUAAAAUUUUUUAAGUGCCCUUUCCUGUAUAAUGAACAAGGCCAAUGCAUAAUUGUGAAAGGUUGCUGAUGUAUUGAAAC